UAGUACCUUCUUGCAAUGGUGCAUGCAAUCGCAUCUUCCAACGCGUCCGAUCAUGCAUUACCUGGACGACUUCCUAACGGGGGGCACAGCAGGCUCCAGCCACUGCUCAGACAACCUCAACGGAUGCGUGAAUACACUUGAACAGCUUGGGGUUCCUAUUGCGCACGACAAGACGGUGGGCCCCACAACCAAACUGACAUUCCUAGGGCUGGAAAUCGACACCAUUGCAAUGCAGAUCAGAAUACCAAUGGCAAGGGCAUUCAGCCGCAGGCUAAUCGAUCUGCUCAGCAAAGGUAAGCAACCAUUUCACCACAUUAGGAUUACCAGCUGGGUCAAGGAAGACCUACAAAUGUGGUUAACAUUUCUUACGAGUUACAACGGCAUUUCAGUGUUUCAGGACCAACUAUGGGUGGACAGCGAUUUCCUCCAGCUGUUUUCAGACGCAGCGGGCGGCGCCGGCUUUGGGGCCUACAUGCAGGGCAAAUGGUUUAACGGCGCAUGGCCAACCCAGUGGGUGACGGAUGGAACUACACGGGACUUGACGCUCCUGGAGCUGUUCCCCAUCACACUGGCCAUCCAAAUCUGGGGCAAGCAACUCGCAAACAAAAAGGUCCUCUUUUACUGCGACAACCAAGCCGUCGUAACAAUAAACAACAAGCAGUCAACCAAGGCCCCCAAAGUGAUGAGCCUACUCCGUCGCCUAAUCCUGCAGUGCCUCCGAUAUAAUAUUAUGUUUAAGGCAAAGUAUGUAUGUUCCACUGCUAACACUAUUGCCGAUGCUCUCUCGAGGUUUCAGCUCAAACGCUUCCGAGAGGCAGCACCAGCCGCGGACCAGAACCCCACACCUAUCCCGUGCAACAUAUGGCUGAUCCGAGGCAGGAAGCCGGCAGACUCCUACAACAAUCUCUGUCUACUAAUACAUGGGCCACUUACCAAACAGGCAUCAAUGCCUUGCACCAGUUCCGGUCCGCACACCAGCUACAAGAGUUUGGAUGGUGGGAUCCAGCUACAUGGCCAGGGCACGGCAGUACUUGCUCCUGAAGGGCACCAGUCCGAACCAACCGAGGAUGCUAUGGCUGGCACGAGGGGGGAUGAGGUGGAAGGAGCUGGACACCAUUCUGGAUGCACAGGUCAAGGCGACACGGCGCAGCCCCAGAGCCCUCAUCAUUCACCUGGGCUCCAACGACCUGUGCUCGGUCAAGGGCAGCCAACUCUACCUUGACAUGGUGGCAUCAAUCCUUCGGAUACAACUCCAGCUUCCUGACACAAGGAUCAUCGUAUCCUCAAUGCUGCCCAGGCGCUACUGGCACGAUGCCAGGGACCCACUAAAGAUCGAGGGGAUGCGGAAGAAUAUCAACCGCCGACUGGCCAACCGAGUCAAAGAGCUCGGCGGUACAAUGGUGCCACAUCCCCAGAUCCAGGCAUCAGACAAGACAUGGUACGCCUGGGAGGGCGUCCACCUCAGCGACAAAGGACUGUGUGUGUUUACGGACAAUUUAUUGCAUGCCCUGGCGCUCGUUUUGCGCCAGUAAGGAUAUUAUCUCCACAGGUUAGUGUUUCCUUUCAGUACAUAGGCAAGCCGGGCAACAAUGCUAUCUCCGCGUAUCACGUGGCCGUGGGUGUGGGGUAGCACUCGGGUGCUUUGUGGCGGGGUUCUUGUGGGCUACACUGCUAGUAACAAAUUAACUUGCUUCCAAAUUAAUACUCGUGCUUAAGGCUACCUGCUUUUCAGCGGGAACCUUUCCGGGGUUACCUGCUUCUCAGUGGGAACCUUGU